AUGAGUCGCUAUAAAAAGGAAUUAUCUAAUAGAAUAAAAGACUUUCAUCCAAAUGGGUUGUAUCUAAGUGAUACUGACAUAGUUACGUGCAAAUAUUGCAACGUGCGUCUAGAUGGCAAUAAUACAGAUACACUGAAGAAACAUACGACGUCUUCUAACCAUUUAAAGAAGAAAACCAAGACUCAACUAGAGCCCUUUGGAACGAAAAGGCAGUCUACAAUUGUCGGCGGGUUUGAAGUGCAAAAGUGUGUUAAAAUGGAAAGAGAAACUUUUGCAGAAGAUACCGUAAAAAUGUGUUUGAAAAUUAACAUUCCCAUACAUAAACUGGAUCAUCCUGCUCUUCGCAAAUAUUUGAAUAAAUAUGUGCCCGAUUCAGAUAACCUCCCUUUUGGCGAUACUUUGAGACGUAAAUAUGUGCCACUGUGCGGUAUUGCGGAGAAAGAAAAAAACAAGGAGAACCUAAAAAAUCAGCUUGUAGUAGGCGAUAAAACAUCCGACACUCAAGGAAGAUGUGUUUUUACAGUCUUAUUUAAAACUGUAAAUGCAGAACCAGAACAGUCUUGCUUUUUAGCAAGUGUAUAUUUUUUACACGCUGCCAAUGGUUCCACUUGCUCACAAGCCAUCAUAGACACCUUGAAAGCUUACGACAUCGACUACUCUCAAGUGCAUGGAUUAGUAUCAGACUUUGCAUAUUUUAACAUGCUAAAAAUACUGAUUGGUUACCAUAUUUUACACUACCAAUGUUGGGCACAUAAAGUGAAUCUCGUAGGUGAUAUCUUUGUUAAAGAGUUUAAAGAACUGAAUACGAUUGGAAUUCUUGGUUCAAAUCUGUAAUCUAUUUAAGCGAAUAUGUGGAG